AUGCCAUCUGAGAGGUGCCUGAGCAUUCAGGAAAUGCUGACAGGUCAGAGGCUUUGUCAGUCCAGCUCCCAUAAUGAUGCUGUCCUGGCAGCCCUGAACCAACAAAGAAGUGAUGGCAUACUUUGUGAUAUCACGCUUAUUGCUGAAGAGCAGAAAUUCCAUGCACAUAAAGCAGUCCUGGCAGCCUGCAGUGACUACUUCCGAGCAAUGUUCAGUCUCUGCAUGGUUGAAAGCGAAGCUGAUGAGGUGAAUUUGCAUGGUGUCACAAGCCUCGGUUUAAAACAAGCCCUGGACUUUGCAUAUACUGGACAGAUCCUCUUGGAACCAGGGGUGAUACAGGAUGUCCUAGCAGCUGGGAGUCAUUUGCAGCUGCUGGAGCUUCUCAGUUUAUGUUCUCACUAUCUCAUUCAGGAAUUAAAUAGUUUCAAUUACUUGGACCUGUAUAAACUUGCGGACCUCUUCAACCUCACUUUGUUGGAGAAUGCAGUGGUUGACUUCUUAGUAAAACAUCUCUCUGAGCUAUUGAAGAGUCAUCCUGAAGAAGUUCUGGCACUCCCAUACUGUCUCCUUCGAGAGGUUUUUAAAAGCGAUAGACUCACUUCACUCAGUGAAGAACAAAUCUGGCAGCUGGCUGUGAGGUGGUUGGAACACAACUGCCGCUACCAGUACAUGGAUGAACUUCUCCAGUAUGUCCGCUUUGGCCUUAUGGAUGUGGAUACACUGCAUACCGUAGCUCUUUCUCAUCCUCUUGUCCAAGCUAAUGAAACUGCGACAGCACUUAUUAAUGAGGCCUUGGCUUACCACCAGAGCGUCUAUGCACAGCCAGUUUGGCAAACCAGAAGGACAAAACCUCGCUUCCAGUCAGACACUCUUUACAUUAUUGGUGGGAAAAAACGUGAAAUCUGUAAAGUGAAGGAAUUGCGAUACUUCAAUCCGGUAGAUCAAGAGAACGUUCAUAUCGCAGGGAUUGCAAACUGGAGCGAGCUAGCGCCUAUGCCUGUAGGGAGAAGCCACCACUGUGUUGCUGUCAUGGGAGACUUUCUUUUUGUAGCUGGUGGAGAGGCGGAGCACUCCACAGGGCGCACUUGUGCGGUGAGAACUGCCUGUCGGUACGACCCCCGCACUAACUCUUGGGCUGAGAUAGCUCCAAUGAAGAACUGUCGGGAACACUUUGUACUGGGAGCAGUGGAUGAGUACCUCUAUGCAGCAGGGGGCAGGAAUGAAUUGCGUCAGGUGUUACCUACAGUGGAACGCUAUUGCCCCAAGAAGAACAAGUGGACCUUUGUACAGUCCUUUGAUCGAUCGCUCUCAUGCCAUGCAGGAUAUGUGGUGGAUGGUCUUCUUUGGAUAUCAGGAGGAGUAACAAACACUGCACAGUAUCAAAACAGGCUCAUGGUCUAUGAUCCGAAGCAGAAUAAGUGGUUAAGCCGUAGCCCGAUGUUGCAGAGGAGAGUGUAUCACUCCAUGGCUGCUGUCCAAAGGAAACUUUAUGUGUUAGGUGGGAAUGAUCUGGACUACAACAAUGAUCGGAUCCUGGUUCGGCACAUAGACUCCUACAGCAUAGAUGCUGACCAAUGGACGCGCUGCAGCUUCAACAUGUUGACAGGUCAAAAUGAGUCUGGAGUCGCCGUCCACAAUGGUAGAAUAUAUUUAGUUGGCGGCUAUUCGAUUUGGACAAAUGAGCCUUUGGCAUGUAUCCAGGUGCUGGAUGUUAGCAAGGAAGGGAAGGAAGAAGUGUUCUAUGGGCCUACGCUCCCCUUCGCUUCCAACGGAAUAGCAGCAUGCUUUCUUCCAGCUCCUUAUUUCACGUGCCCCAACCUUCAGACUCUGCAAGUGCCUCACCACAGGAUCGGCACAAUGUGA